AUGUCACUGACUGUCCGUAUUGCUGAAUACAAUGAAAGUGUGGAAGUUAUGGAGUACUUCUUGUCCUUCCUCCAGGUUACUGAGACUACUGGGGGUUUUCUGACAGACAUUGUGUUAAAUGAACUCAAACGUUUGGGAGUUCCCCUCGAAAACUGCAGAGGCCAGGGUUAUGACAAUGGCUCUAAUAUGAAGGGGAAACAUUCUGGUGUUCAGGGCCACAGUGCAAAGGCAAAAGUGACUGCUACUGAGCUAGCUGAAGAACUGGAGGUAGAACUCAAGUUUCCUGGUGCAGAUGAGGUGAGACCCAGGAAAAAGAGGAAGCUUUUUGGUUAUGAAGGUGAUGAUGAGUGUCUAAUUAGUCCUGAACAGAAUUUUAAAAUCAACUUUUUCAACUCUCUUGUUGAUGUUGCACUGUCAUCUGUGCAGGACAGGUUCACUCAACUUGCAGCUCAUAGUGCUACUUUUGGCUUCCUCUACAACAUACAAGACCUCUGUAAUGUUUCUGAUGAUGAGCUAUUGCAGCUCUGUAAAGACUUGCAGAAUCUUUUAACGCACAAUGACUCUACUGAUAUCGAUGCAGUAGAGCUGUAUGAGGAAUUGAAAACCCUUUGCCAUAUUAUGCCAAAGGGAUUAUCAGCACUGGAUGUCCUUAAUGUAAUGAAAAAGCGUGGGUUAGUGGAGAUAUUCCCACAAGUAGUGGUAGCUCUACGCAUUUUGUUGACUUUGCCAGUGACAGUUGCAUCUGGGGGAGAGAAGCUUUUCCAAGCUCAAACUAAUUAA